AUGCCUCACUUUAUGGCAUGGCUUAGCACCUGCAACACAAGCUGUGUGAAAAACAAUAGGUCAAGCAAUGAAACUGAAGCUGGAAACGAAGACACGCUUCUUCCUCCGCCAUUGAUUGUUCUUCUGUUCUUCAUGUGUUUGCUGAUUGUUGCAGUCAAUGGCUUCGUCAUCUUCUUGACCUGCCAAAGGAAAAUACUGAGAACGCUUACAAAUAUGUUUCUUACUUCAUUGGCGAUUUCAGAUCUCAUGUCAGGUCUGGUGGGAAUUCCUCUUCUUGCCAUCUGUUUGGUGAAAGACAUAAUUAUGGUGUGCGUCUCCUCCACAAUUUUUAUUCGAUUCACCGCCAUCUCUUCAGUCUGCCAUGUUCUGCUCAUCGCUUCUGAUCGCUACAUGUUUAUAGUUCACGACAUGAAAUAUCAUUCUAUUGUAACAAAAUGGCGAGCUAUCGCUUCCAUUUUUUCCAUUUGGCUGUUGUCAUUUCUAGCUUCUGUUAUUCAACUGUCUUGGCACAAUCUCGACGAAGCCGCGCUAACUGAAUUUGAAAGUAGAACACAAGAUAUUGAUAUAAAGUACAGCCUAGCUUGUAUCGCGCUGUUCUUUGCAGUUCCUUUGUUGUUUAUGUGUUAUAUUUAUGGACACAUAUUCUACAUUUCGUUUAAACGCAACAAAACUGAUCGUCAAUUGAACAAGAAUCUUCAGCAGCCCAGCUGUCGAUCAUUACUUCAAGAGUGGCGAGGACGCAGCGUUUUGCUGAUCACAAUGGUGAUUUUUGCCGGCUGCUGGUUGCCAUUUUUCUUGAUGGUACUUGAUGCACACAUGGAAUCAUCACCGUUUUCUCUUCUGCCAGUGUCGAUAGAGCGUCUACUAGUAUUUCUCGGUUUCCUUCCUCCGCUGUUAAACCCAGUCCUGUGCACAUUGGCAAAGAAAGAUUUCCGACAUGCAUUAAAAGAAGUAGUCCUCCGAAGGGAACCCUCGCGCCAGUGUGAAGGAAACUGCACUUUUUCAAGUCGUGCGCAAACGGUUACUAAGUGCAAAAGACAGUGUAGAGGGCAAAAGAGGAGAAACGAAGUAACACUGAUGUGA